GGUAUAGAUGGCCACUCACUUGGGUGAAGUCGCGAAAAGCCCCAAACACGACCGUAAACAAAACCCCGCGGAUCAAAACAAACGAAACAGAGCAACCUGAGGAAGCAAAUUAGCAGAGCAAUGGGAACAGUAACAGCACCAGCGCCAUGGAAGCAGCUUCUUCUCACUGCCUUGGAAUCCAAUGCCCACCUCAGGCACUCUUCCUACUUUCAACUCGCAACGAUUGGUUCUAAUGGCAGACCUUCAAAUCGGACGGUGGUUUUCAGGGGAUUUCAAGAGGACAGUGAUAAGAUUCAGAUAAACACGGAUUGCAGAACUCGUAAGAUUGAGGAGCUUAAGCAUUGUCCUUUUGCUGAGAUAUGUUGGUACUUCACUGACUCUUGGGAGCAAUUUCGGAUCAAUGGAACAGUUGAUAUUAUUGAUGGAUCCAAUUCUGAUCCCAUAAAACUUCAGCAAAGAGAAAAAUCUUGGUUUUCCGGUUCUUUGAGAUCAAGACUGCAGUAUUUGGGACCGAGUCCAGGUCUUCCUAAUCUAAGUGAACAACCAUCCAAUGAAGUCUCUCUAGAUCCUUCUACAGGCCCGGUUGGGGCAUUUUGUUUGCUUGUUCUAGAUCCACAUCAGGUCGAUUACUUGAAUCUGAAGAGUAACCAGAGGCUGUCAUUCACAUCCACUCCAAGUCCCAAUGGAGAAAAGAGCUGGACUUCAGAAAGGGUUAAUCCUUAAGAUCCUAACAAGCAUGAAAGAAGUUCCCACUUAAUGAGUUGCUUGUGAUUGCUUAUAUAGCAUAAAUAUUCUCUCAAUGAGUUGUGCAUAUGCUUCUUCUUUCAAGUCUGGAAUUUAAAAGGAUCUGUUUGUAUGUCUAUGACUUAAUCGUGUGAAUCUUCAUUCAUGACUUACAGAUCAGUUCUACUGGAGAGAUUGUAAUUUACUCAGAAAGCAUAUGCUGACUUUACUCAUUACUUGCAUUAAUAUAUGACAAUAUCUUUCUCUGUAUCUA